CGGCGCAAGGCGCGGGGUGCCCGGCGGACAGGUACCCGCGGCGGCCCUGCCAGCCACCAGCGCUGCGGUCGGCCCCUGCCUCCGCGACACUGCGAGCUGCCAUAGCGCCGGAGCGCGGCGGCCUCUCGCGGGGCCCUGAGGAAGAGCAGCGGCCUAGGGGCUGCCCGCGGAGGGCUCGGGCUCGGAGCGGUGCCGCUGCCGCAGGGGGUGUGCGGCGCCGGCGGAGCUUUCCCCGCCGAGCCGGGCCGGGCCGCUCCCCGCAGGAGACACGGGGCGCCGCGGUGCCGGCAGCGACGGGGCGAGGAGCGGCCCCCCCCGGGGCGCCGGCCGGAGCAGGGAGCCGCGGGGAACGGGACUCGGCGCUGCCCUCCUGCCGGCUGCGCCCCGGCCGAGCAUGCACUGAUCCGCUGCCUCGACUCAACCCCGUCCCGUCCGCCGGGAGCGCGUUGCAUGGUGUGGGGAUACACGGUCUCGAUAAUAAAUGAUAGAGGAUACAAUGACUUUGCUGUCUCUGCUGGGUCGGAUCAUGCGUUACUUCUUGCUCAGACCGGAGACCCUGUUCUUGUUGUGCAUCAGCCUGGCCCUAUGGAGUUAUUUCUUCCACACGGAUGAGGUGAAAACCAUUGUUAAGUCCAGCAGGGAUGCGGUGAAGAUGGUGAAGGGCAAGGUGGCCGAGAUCAUGCAGAAUGACAGGCUCGGGGGUCUGGACGUGCUGGAUGCCGAGUUCUCCAAGACCUGGGAGUUCAAGAGCCACAAUGUGGCUGUCUAUUCCAUCCAAGGCCGGAGGGAUCACAUGGAGGACAGGUUCGAAGUAAUCACCGACCUAGUGAACAAGACUCAUCCCUCCAUCUUCGGGAUAUUUGAUGGGCACGGAGGAGAGUCUGCAGCAGAGUAUGUGAAGUCCCGCCUGCCUGAAGUCCUGAAACAACAUCUGCAGGACUAUGAGAAGGACAAGGAGAACAGUGUGAUGUCUUACCAGACCAUCCUGGAACAGCAGAUUUUAUCAAUUGAUCGAGAAAUGCUGGAAAAAUUGACUGUAUCCUAUGAUGAAGCAGGUACAACUUGUUUGAUCGCUUUGCUGUCAGACAAAGAGCUCACUGUGGCCAAUGUUGGUGAUUCGCGAGGCGUGCUGUGCGACAAGGACGGGAAUGCCAUCCCCCUGUCACACGACCACAAGCCCUACCAGCUGAAAGAGAGGAAGAGGAUUAAAAGAGCCGGUGGAUUUAUCAGCUUUAAUGGCUCCUGGCGUGUUCAGGGCAUCCUGGCCAUGUCCCGCUCGUUAGGAGAUUACCCUCUGAAGAACCUGAAUGUUGUCAUUCCUGACCCCGAUAUUCUCACCUUUGACCUGGACAAACUGCAGCCAGAGUUCAUGAUCCUGGCAUCUGAUGGUCUGUGGGAUGCCUUCAGCAACGAGGAAGCCGUCCGAUUCAUCAAGGAACGCUUGGAUGAGCCACACUUUGGAGCAAAGAGUAUAGUUCUACAGUCGUUUUACAGAGGGUGUCCCGACAAUAUAACAGUGAUGGUGGUGAAGUUCAGGAAUAGCAGCAAAACAGAAGAACAGUAAUUACCAGUGGUUCUUUGCCUCACCGAACUUCAAACAAACUCUUACGUUUUAAACAUAGUGGAAAGCUCUAGUAAAUACCAUUAAGAUUCCACACAGAAAGAACAGAUUCCUCUGGGCUUUGUUCUUUGCUUAACAAAAGGAGCAAUACAACAAAUACAUUUUGUGUGAUGAUAAGAAUUAAGUUUCUUCACAAGCACCUGUCUCCUGUGACCUUGCUGCUCCUUAGAAGCUAACUGUAAUCUUUCAUUUCAGAAUUUCCUUUGCAAAUCCCAUGUAUGCUUUUCAUUUCUUACCUCUCCUUUCUAAUAGAAGUUGGUUCGGAUACACAGCAGGGUCAGGGCAGUGCUGCUGCUUAAUAUUAAGCAAGUGAUAGGAAUGAUGUUGCUUUUUCACUUGUAGAUGUGGCGUUUCAGAACAAUGCUCUAAUGUUUCUCAUCUCUUUUUUAAUCUGCAGUGAUAAGGUUGUGUUGGAAAAGGUUUGUAAUUGUUGGUCUGAUGUUGGAAUGAAGGAGGGGAAAGAGCCAACUAGUAGCCUGCUUUCACAGAACUGGCUCUCACACUUUGAUUUUUCCACCCUCGAUUAAAUAAAUCCCUGCCAAGCAUGUGAGUAGGUGUAGGUACUGAAUUACCUGAAGAAAGGUUUAUUCAGCCUGUGAAUUCCUUUAAUAACAUUUAUUCUAUGCCACGUUGUAAUGUUAUGCUUCAUCAAAAUACUCCAAAGUUUGUCACCUUCUCUAUCAGAAAAAUAGCUCUCUUGUGAUGGAAGAAUGAGUGCCAUUCACUGAGUCCCUCCUUCCUGGUAGGGUCUUGGAAUGGACUUUUCACAGUCAAGUAAGAAAACAAUGCAAGAUAAAAUUAAUUUCAUGAGUAUUUGUAAAACUAAUGAAAUCAGAGUGCUCUGUAGAGCUGCCUAGAUAGAAGUCCUGGCUACGAAAAGACUGGUAGCACUGCAGACAAAUUUGUGGCUUUAAUCUGGGGGAAGACCACUUUAGGACUGAUUUUUGGCAUAGUGUAUAAAUGCCGGACAGUGUAAUUGCACUGUUCAGUUUAAAGCUUGUGAUAAAUCUAGAUAAAAUAUUUUUGGAUCUAACUUUCAAUACUGAAUUAUACUUUGGAAUCUGUGGCUAUUGCCUAAGCUGUACAUCUGAUAACUUAGUUGGCCACUUCACAAACAAGUGGCAGCCGUGGUGGUGUACAGGGCACGUUUCAGAGGAACACGUCAGGGCCUGAGGUAGAUGUUAGUAUUUUGGGUGGCUUCCCUGCAUUGUGUCCCCUGGGAUUCCUUCCCUUCAAAACACAGUCCCUGGUAUGAUCCACUGCAGUCUCUUGUCUUGGGCCCUGAGCUAAAGCAGGGAUAUGAUGUGAUAACUGACACUGUUUCUUGGAUGAAGAUGCACAAUCAAUUAGAUGAAAAACUGCCUUGUGCUUGUCACCCACCCAGGGCAUUUUCUGAGGAAGGAGCUUGCUGGUCUCAAAUAGUGUCACCUGUUGUGGUUGUGUUGGGCAGGUAUGAUAUCUCUCAAGACAGAAAUGAAAGAAUACAAAUUCUGCUUUCCACUCCAUUAAGAAUUCUCAUCUUAGUCUUUUCAGUUUGAUUUCCAGAUGAUCUCUUCCCUAACAAACUUCCUUUCUUUAGUUUGGUUGGGGAUUAUCACAGAUCUUAAUUGGAUGUGUCGCCCCUGACAGUGCUCUUCCGAUUCUAUACUUGUCCUCACAUGUACACAUUCUCUCCUCUCCUCCUUCAAAACUGCUCUGAGUCACGGUUAAUUCAUGCCAGUGAGAAACAGAAGCAUGAAAGUGUCCAGCGUGCUCUGAUACCCCCCUGCACUGCCCCUCCCCAGGGGAUGGAAGGUUUCGGAUGUUGAACAGGACAGACAGCAAUCAGUUAAUCUGAAAUGCAAUUCUGCAGUUAAAUCGAGUGGGUAACAGGAAAUGUUGAUAAUUGCAGAGUGCUUCAGUUGUUUCAUUUUGAAAGAAGUGUUUGAGGUCAAAUGCUGCAAAAUGAAAAACCUUGUGUGAUAUUUUCGUGGGAGUGUUUCAUGGUGGACUCAGUGAUGCUGCAGCAGCACUGUCAGAUCCGUGCUCUGGGCAGAGCUCAUGGUGCGUGCAGCAUUUGCCUUUCCUUUCUCCUUCACAGAUGAUGUUUCUGUUGCAGUGGCUUUUCUUUGUAGAACAGAGCUGGGAUGUUUGUCAAACAGCUGCCAGGGAAAAGAAGAAUUAGAUGUAGCAGUUCACAGAAUUCUAAAGCUGAGAAGUUUGUACAGCUGCUACAAAUCCUUCACGGGCAUUUGAGAAGUUGGAAGCAGAACAAUGGUCAGCUGCAAGAAAAAAUUACAGACUAACACCACUUCAGAGAAAGGAUUCUGGCUGCCAGUAAACAUCUCUGCAACUCACGUUCUCAAGUGAUGGAGUAUUGCUGAGGAACUGCAGACCUUCUCUUGAGCACGGCUGGCCCUCUGGUGGCUCUGCUGAGACAGAUGGGAAGAGGAAGUGAUGGCAAGUGUGUGUUCACAGACUGGCAGCUGCCAUCAGGAGGCUGUGGGACAGUGGCACACUCUAGGAGUAAAGUGAGCUCUUGCACGGUUGCUGGAAGGAUUUAAGAAAACCCAGAAUACAACACAAAGCUGUUUUGCAGACUUUAUUCACUCACAUGGCCGCCCAGUCAGUUACUGAAACAGCCCUGUUUCUACCUUUGAGUGUUUGCAGUUGCAGCAGCAGUCACUGCAGCACCUUUAGUUUUCUCAGCAAGACUCCCACCUCUGUAGUAGCUCCCUUUCCUGGAUGAAGGUGUUCGUGCCAAUGACCUCUCGUAAGGCUGUUGAUAUUUCCUAAUUUAUUUUUAUUUUUUAAACAAAGCUAGCUUUGUGGGCAUGGUGCUGAUGGGUUGAUGGUGGGACUAAUGAUCCUAGAGGACUUCUCCCACCUUUAAUGAGCCUAUGAUUCUAUACUUACAGCUUCUUUAGGUUUAAAAAGAUGAAGGACUAAUGAAGAUGACAGGCUUUGUGCAGUCUUCCUCAUAUGCAGUGCCUACCUAUGUUACUCAUUAGAGGACUUCUAAGGAGCUUGCUAAUCUGGUUCUAGCUUUCCAAACAUACUGAUUUGUGCCAAAUUCUGUUGUGAUACAUACAGCUGUUGGAUGACAAGAUUAGAUAACGUACAUGCUGCUGUACAGCCUGAAAGAUCCUCCACUGCUUUGAUACAUCCCAUCUAUCCUAUAUCCUGCAUCUGGAAAGAGAUGUCCCCACAGUGUCAGAGCUGUGCAACAGAACGUGAUCCAGUAUUGGAGAGGCAGCAAUUCCCACACGCCAUCCAGUGCUGCUUUCCUGCCCAAAGAAAGGAUGCACAUUUUGGUUAAAGUGCCCCACAUGCAUCUCAGAGCUCCCUGAUUCUUGUGUUACUUGGGUCAGCCGUGAUCUCACAGCUCCGCCCAGUGGAAGGCAUCAGCACAUGUUCGCUAUAAGGUUAAUGCAGACCAUUCCCUUUGCUGCUAAAGCAACGCAGGCAGAACACGUGCAUCCAUAGGCAUAGCUAAGAAAUGCAGGCACUUGGUUGCUAAGACUGUGUGAAGCAGCCUGGCACGCCAUAACCAUGCUCUGCAUCCCCUGCCAGCUUGUUCCUUUGUAUAGAUAUCGCACAGCCUUGGUGGAUGCACUUUAACUGAUGGUGGGAUCCAAAUGUUUGGCGAAGGUGCAGCUUGCUCAGCCCACAGUGAUCAGGCUUAGAGGCUGCAGCGUUCAUCGCUGCUCUCAGGACAGCCCUGCUUCUGUUAGCACUCAGUACUGGUGGUCUGGGCAUGGUUAGGCUGUGUCAGGGAGAGGGUGGUCACAGAUCACAUUCUGAAGGCUGCAUCAGCACAUCAGGCCUAAAUGUUCUUGAAGUACAAAAUCUGCAGUGAUUGAGUGUUUUUCUGGAUAGAAUGUUCAGAUAAAUACAAAAUAAAUAACACAGACCAGAGCUGCUGCCCUUCAGUGCUGUCAGUGCAUAACUUACCUUUGUAAAUCUGUGAAGUCAUAUCUAACGAUACCUCACAAGGUAUUUACAAUUAAGUCAGUAUUGAUUUGAACUCUGAGUUGCUUUUAUUUGCAUGGUACCAGCAGGCUCAGGUAAGCAGCAGUUUUAAAUACAGUUUUGCCCUUGGUAUCUGUGUCCUAGGCGUCAGUUUGUCUCGGGUCAUACACACGAUUUGGAUGUAUUUUGCUCUGUUAAGCAAAACGUGUGCUGCCAAAGCAGCUGAAGUCUGUCUAAAACCAUAAAUAGAAGCUUACGUCGAGAGCAGAUCUUAACUGAUGUUUUGGAAUCCACUUUUAUGGGUUGGUCGGCUCCUAUAUCUGAUACUAAGGCUGAACUAAACCAGUUGAGCAAUAGGGAAAUGAAGCACUUGGUCCUGCCUUUAAAGGCACGUUUUAAGCCUGUGGUGACAAUUAGUACUGCCUGGGACAAAGAUGCUCAGCCGUCUAUUUCAGCCUGUAUCCCGCCAAGCUAAACAAGUAGCCAGUUACAGUGUUCCAGAAAUGUAAAUGUGUCGAACAUUGCUCUGUGCCAUUCCUACACUGUAGUCAGGGGUGUGAGAGCACUACAGAUGCACUGCAACUGCGUGUGCUUUAAUCUUGGAAAUAACUGUUAUAAAGUUGGGCUGUUUGGGCCGGCAGACAAACACCUGCUCAGCACCCCAGCAAACAUGGCUGUGCAAACACCUGUGCCACUGUGCUGCUGCUGUGGGAGAGCAGGCUGGCAGGAAGCAGCACACCACAUUUGCUCCUGUUCCUCUGCAGGUGGACUUAGUGGUGAAGUUAGAUGUGCUCACCAGAACUGCCAGAACCCACGUGUGAUUUAUAAACUUCCUCCUUUCAGUAAGAAAAAUCGAGUUCUGUUAAAAACAUGUUUCACUUGGAAGAAGUUUCUUGGAGUUCAGUUCACUACUGUGCUCAGUGAUAAACUGUUCCCAUGUGCACAAACUGGGUAUAAACACCAGCAGUGGUUAACAACUACUUGACGUACCACUGCAAUCCGUGCUUACAAAUUUCCAACCCUCACCAUGUCCAAUGGUCACAGUCACAGAGCUAACAGCUGUUAGAACCGCACUGCAGUGUCAGACUGAGUGACUGCAGAACCGCUGCUACCACAGUGCGUGGAAGUGCUCUCAAAGAACGAGCAAGAAAAACUAAGUAGGAAAAUGAACUGCACAUUGAGGAGUCGGUAAGGGCAGAGCAGAUGUUUCUUGGAGAAAAGCCUGCAGAACAGAACACACAAGAUAAGAAAAUCACAAUGUUUAAGCAAUUUGUCUUAGUGAAGGCAGCUUCCAUUUAGUGUAACAGUGCUGUUUUAUCUUAGACAAGAGCCUCCUGCAGGCUUCUUUGUAACAUUUUUUCUCUCAAAGCCAGAAGUGUUUUUAAGAUUGCAUCUUCACUGCAAGCUGCUCAGAGGAGACUGCACUUUACUCUUGCUUUAAAGACCACCACAGACAUUAGCAUUACUGAGGAGCAGACAGGGCUGCAGGCUGGGAUGCACGCGACAGCUACAGGCCAUCAUCACUCCACUAUAAAAAAACCUCACUCAGGUCAUUGGGAUUAAUGCGGCCUGGAAAAUUAAUGUGCUGCGUAGCAACUGUCAGAAGGCUGGAGGUAAACAGUGCUUAGAGGCAGGAACUGGCCCAGCAGAGGUCACCCGGGGUGAACUCUGUAUUUUUAAAGGCUCACGUUAUUGGAGGACAACUAAGUCGCAGAGCCCCAGCACUGCAAGUGGUCUGCAGAGCCUGCUUUGGCCGGGGGUUGGAUGGGAUGAUCCCUGGAGGUCCCUACAGUCCUUGAUUCUGCAUGACUCCAUGAAACUGUACUAUAAGACACAUUUCCUCCUAUGACUUGCAGGUUUAUACUGAAUAGCUGAAAAUCACAGAACGGCAUUUCAAAGAGAGUAACUAUGUUGAGAAAGUGCUUUUUACAAGCCCAGUAUAUAGAUGGGGAGGAGGGAGGAGGGCUGUUCCGUUUGAUUUUUAUGUUUCGGUGUCUUUAGAAUAAGGACUCGGUUACACAUAACCAAGAAACAAACUAGCUUCCUUUUAACUGUUUGCUGUCCUUCUUACACAGAGCACUUGCAUUUGGUUAUGGCAAGACACAGUAACUGCUUUAAAACUUUCUGUAGUCUAACAGAUACCAUCUCUUUCCCCAGCAGCUCUGCUUUAAGCGGUCAGUAGACAAAGCAGCCCAAAUGGUACACACUAGUCAGACAAAAAUAGAGAUGAAAAGCAGGGAGUGGAGCUCUGCCUCCCAAAGGCCUUUGGCACAUCUAAUGUAUGUGACAGAUAGAUCAGGAAUUCAGUGUCACAUUGUCUGAUUAACCUCCAGUCAGUUUCUAGUUUAAAUUUAAAAGAAAUAGGAUAAAUUUACGUUAUUUCAUUGCGCAUCCAGAUAUCGAGCUACUUACAAUGAACUAGACAAUGUAAAAAGUAGAUGUUCCAAACUAAGUCACCUUAAUGCUGAACUGACUGCAGAGAAUAAGGCCUCUGAACCUGCAGCACCUGCUCGAUGAUUCACAUUGAACAGUUCACAGAGCUAAGCUUGUUUUCCUCUUGCAUGGCAGCUCACACCAGACUUUCUCCCACUAAUUGCUUUAAGCAGACACGUGAUCUUAGUUAUGCAUUAUUACAGUCUUUUAAGCAAUAAUAGGGUUGGGUUCAAGUAUGAACCAUAUCUGGAAAUGAGUUUUAAUAGAAAACUCAAGCACAGAUUCAGUAAUACCUUACAGUGCUCCUUCCUCGCCGAAUCGAUCUCAUCUGAAGUUACAGGUGGCAUAAACAGGUCACUGUUAUAAACCUACAUCUGAGAAAGCAGAAGCCCUGCAGUCUAUGAUCAGCAUCAUUCUGGAGCAUGAAUAUAGCAGUGCUGGCUUGGUGACACACACACUUUUCCUGCAGUGCUGUGCAGCCAUUUCUCCACCACAGCCAUUGCAUUCGCACCAGGAGCACUGUCUGCUCUCCCUGCCCAGCUGCUGAAGAUUGCACAGCCUUCCACAGUCAUGUUUUUUUGAAGAAGCAAUACAAACUGUACUGUAGCAUCAGUGUUCUCGUGAGAAACCAUUUAUUUCUAGACAUGUAACAUGGCAGGUACAAAAACAAAACAAGGGUUCUUUAUUUCCACGUAUAAAGGACCAACAGACAAGUUCACAUUUCUAGCGGAGCUCUCCUGGCAGCUGACCACAGUGCUACCACCAACCAAGGGAGCCCCAGCACAAAGGAGCAGCUGCAUCUUCCCCUGUUUCAGGAACCACCCAGCAUUCUCUCGGUUGUGCAAUAGUGUAUCUUUAGGUAUUAGGUGAACAGCAGCAACAACAAAAUCCAUUUCUGAAACAGUCUGACCUUCUUGACAGACAUUCUUAGAACACUGUAAUACUUGUCUACGCUACAUUCUCUCCAAGACAUCGUUUUUGUAUUUCAAAAAGUAAUGUCCUAUAAUUCCAUCAUUAAACCACGCGCAGUUAUGGAAGAGACAGAAAAAGUCAAUAUUGACCAUUACCACAAUGUAACAAAAGCAUUGUUGAAACCUCAGUCUGGGUACUGGAGGUUUCUGCACCUCUUCUAAUUUGUCUCUAAGAGACUAUCUGAAAGACAGCCAAAUGUAAAUACGUUGUACCACGUUAGCUAUAGAACUAAAGGUGGCAGCGCUCUGUCAUUCUCGAUGUACAGGAUGUAACUACGGUACCUUCACUGUGUAUUAGAUGUGUCUGGGAUAAUUAUGUUCAUGCAAUUGCAAAUUCUGUAUUGCCGUCAAUUAAAAGUGUAAACUACUGAAACCUUGGCCUUGCUGACAUGAAUAAAGUGGCUGAAAUACCCAUCUUUA